AUGUCUCUUAAAUCAGCUAAAGAUGUUUGGGAUUAUUUGAAGAAGGAGUAUGCAGGAGAUGAAAGAAUUCGUGGCAUGCAAAGUCUUAAUCAGAUAAGAGAAUUUGAACUACAUAGAAUGAAGGAUUCUGAAACCAUUAAAGAGUAUUCAGACAAAUUGCUUGGAAUUGUCAACAAGGUAAGGUUACUUGGCAUAAAUUUCUCUGAUUGCAGAAUUGUAGAGAAAAUUCUAGUAACUGUGCCUAAAAGAUAUGAAGCAUCUUUAACCACCAUCAAGAAUACAAAGGAUCUAUCCAAGAUCACCUUGGUAGAAUUGAUCAAUGCCUUGCAUGCUCAAGAGCAACGGAGACUAUGA